CUUGCCUGCCAGGCCUACUGAGCUAUUUUAAAUUUCUAUUUUUAGUUUUUGGUUUAUAGUUCUUUCGAUUUUUAUUUCGUAUCGAACGUGCAACUUGAACGCAAACAGUGAGGGAUCGGUGCUUAGGUGUGGAGCGGGGUUUAUUCAGAAGCAGAAUCUGAAGAGGACGACGUUAGCGUGCAUCGACGUGGGCUCGGCCUCGUCUCUGGACUGAAGGAGUGAGGUGAGGUUGACCGUCUAUUCCCCCCUGUCUCAGCUGGAGCCCGGUGCUCGCAGCUUCCAGGAUGAGGAGUCGAAGUAAUUCCGGGGUGAGAUUGGACUAUUAUGGACGACUUGUAAACAACACUAUCCUGUGUCACCAGAAUACUGUAACUGGAUUACUGCCUGCGAGCACUGACCAGCAGGAUGCUUGGAUUCGUGAUAAUGUGUACAGCAUCCUGGCAGUAUGGGGCCUUGGAAUGGCAUAUCGCAAAAAUGCUGACCGAGAUGAGGAUAAAGCAAAAGCUUAUGAGCUUGAGCAGAGUGUGGUGAAACUGAUGCGAGGGUUGCUACGCUGUAUGAUGAGACAGAGAAAUAAAGUUGAAAAAUUCAAGUACACCCAGAGUACACAAGAUGCCCUCCAUGCUAAGUACAACACUGAAACAUGUGCUACAGUGGUUCAAGAUGAUCAGUGGGGUCACCUACAAAUUGAUGCUACCUCCAUCUUCCUGCUUUUUCUUGCACAAAUGACUGCUUCAGGGCUUCAUAUAAUUUUCACUCCGGAUGAAGUGGAUUUUAUACAAAAUCUUGUGUUUUAUGUUGAAGUGGCUUAUAAAGUUGCAGAUUAUGGCAUGUGGGAACGUGGUGACAAGACAAAUAAAGGAAUUCCAGAACUGAAUGCCAGUUCUGUAGGUAUAGCCAAAGCAGCUCUUGAAGCACUUGAUGAAUUGAACCUCUUUGGUGCUAAUGGAGGCCCCAAAUCAGUUAUCCACGUUCUAGCAGAUGAAGUACAGCUCUGUGAUUCUAUUCUACAUUCAAUGUUACCUAGGGCAUCAACAUCCAAAGAGAUAGAUGCUGGUCUUCUCUCAGUCAUCUCCUACCCAGCUUUUGCAGUAGAGAAUAUUGAUUUGGUAGAGUUAACUAAACAAGAGAUCAUUACAAAACUACAGGGUCGUUAUGGUUGUUGCCGGUUUCUUAGAGAUGGCUACAGAACUCCAAAAGAGGACCCUACCAGGCUUUAUUAUGAACCCGAAGAACUGAAGUUUUUUGAGAAUCUAGAAUGUGAAUGGCCUUUGUUUUGGACAUAUUUGAUACUUGAUGGCUUGUUCAAUAAUAACUCACAGCAGGUGGAAGAAUACAGAGAAGCUCUGGAUGGAAUUCUUGUUAAGGUGGAGGGUGGAAUACGUUUACUACCUGAGCUUUAUAGUGUUCCACCUGAUAAGAUAGAUGAAGAGUGCAAAAAUCCACAUACUGUUAACAGAAUCCCAAUGGGCAAAUUGCCACAUAUGUGGGGACAAUCCUUAUACAUCUUAGGAUGUCUUGUAUCAGAGGGAUUUCUUGCUCCUGGUGAAAUCGAUCCAUUGAAUAGAAGGUUUGCAACUAUACCUAGACCAGAUGUUGUAGUCCAAGUGGCAAUAGUUGCAGAAACUGUGGGAAUAAAGGAAAUCCUAGAGAAGCAUGGAAUUAAUGUACAAACUGUAGCAGAUGUUUUUCCAAUCAGGGUGCAGCCAGCUCGUAUUCUUUCUCGUAUCUAUACAAGACUUGGUUACAAUAAGAGAAUGAAUCUGAGUGGUCGGCCUUACCGCCAUAUGGGUGUUCUUGGCACAUCAAAAUUGUAUUUUAUCAGAGAUGAAAUCUUUUCUUUCACUCCUCAGUUUAUUGAUAAGCAGCAGUUCUACCUGGCCCAUGAUAAUCGAAUGGUUAUUGAAAUGCUUCGAACAGAAUUGUCAUACUUGUGUCGCUGCUGGAAAAAUACUGGACGACCCACUGUGACUUUUCCAAUUUCACAGAGCAUGCUCAACGACAAUGGGACCAGUAUUGAUCCGAAUGUGCUAUCCACAUUGAAGAAACUGCAAGAUGGAUAUUUUGGAGGAGCCAGAGUUCAAACAGGCAAGUUGUCAGCAUUACUGGUAACUUCAUGCUGCACACAUCUCAGUUUUAUGGAUUUAGGACCUGAUGGUAAGAGUGUUGGUGACUGGCUUGUUUCGCACGAUAUAGUAGAACCAGUGGAUCAACUGCAUGAAUUUCAGCUUUUAGAGUUUGUGGAAAACCGUGAUGAAUUAACAGUAUACUUAAACCAACUGUUGGAGAGCAAGCCACCACAAUCUGAUAAGCUGCCAACUGCACAGAAAAAGGGUCUGCAUCGUUUUCGUGCUGCUGCACAUGCCACACGGGACCUGGUCUCUCUGGCACACAAAGCAAAAGGACUUGACAUUCAAAAUGUCUCUCUUUAUCUACCCAGCAGCUUGUUAACUAUCACCAAUCCAUCACCGAGUUCUUUGUCUGUUUCUUCAGGCCAGACAAAAGACAAUGUAGAGUAUUCAACGGUCACUACUACAAAGGAUUGGCCAAAGGCUGCCUCUGGUGAAAUAGAUUGCAAAGCCUUGGUUGAACAAUUAAAAACGUGCUCAAACUUACAUGAACAGUUCGAAAUAAUCAAUGUAAUAUAUAUGACAAAAGGUAUAGAUUGGGAUACAAAUAUGACUGAUGAUCCUCGCACCACUAUCCGUGACCUCCUAAUGGAGCUUUACACAAAAGCUGGCAAUGCUCACCAGUGGGGACUAAUCCGUUACAUAUCUGGCAUGCUCCAAAAAAAGAUUGAAGAACUUGAUGAGGCUUGCACAACACUCUUAUCAAAUCAGAAGCAUCUUACUGUUGGCCUUCCACCUGAACCACGAGAGAGAACAAUUUCAGCACCUUUGCCACUUAAUGAACUUACAAAAUUGAUUGAAGAAGCUAGCGAACAAAAUGUCAGUUUGGUCAUCCUCACACAGGAAAUUGUGGUUUACCUCGCAAUGUACAUAAGGACAGAACCCAGUUUGUUUGCUGAAAUGUUCCGACUGCGUACUGGAUUAAUUAUCCAGGUCAUGGCAACCGAGCUGGCCAAUUCUCUCAAGUGUUCAGGUGAAGAAGCAACUGAAUAUUUAAUUUCUAUGAGGCCAUCUAAUUUGAAGAUGCUUCUGCACCAUAUUCUGAGUGGAAAGGAAUUUAAAGUCGAGAAAAAUGUUGAUCAUUCUACUUGGAAACAUGUUUCAAUUCAUGAUGUCGAUCAUACAGGGGCGACAAAAAGUGAGAGAGCUGGAAUUAGCCAGUUGAAGGUUGAAAUGAAGCAGAUGGAUUCACGUAGAUUUUCUGCUGGUGUAACGAAUAAGGAGACGGGAUCCCAGAUGACAUCUGAAAUUAUGCCUGGUGAAAUGCAAGAGUUACAGCAGAUAAGAAAGCUCUCCAAUGUGGCUGAGACUUUCACCAGUAUUCAGUUGGAGGAUAGUGAUUUCGUUGAUGCACGCUUUGGACAAUGGCUGCGGCGAAGGCGCAUUGAUGGCGCACUCAACAGAGUCCCAGUUGGUUUUUAUCAGCGAGUCUGGAAAAUCUUACAGAAGUGUCGAGGAUUGGCUUUUAAAGGUAAUGUUCUCCAAUCAACUACAACGGAAGAGAUGACACCCGGUGAAAUAAAAUUUGCUGUUCAGGUAGAGACGUUCCUGAACAGUGUGCCACAGCCAGAAUAUCGGCAGCUUCUUGUGGAAACUAUCCUUGUCCUCACAAUGCUGGCUGAUACAGAAGUACAAACUAUUGGUGAAAUAAUCUACGUUGAUCGCAUUGCACACAUGGCAAAUAAUUUAUUUAUUGAAGAACAGAGCGCUUUGGGUGCUGAAGGUAUCAUGCUGGAAAAGGAUCCUGCAAAUGGAAUUUGCAAGUUGCUUUAUGACAGUGCUCCAAGUGGUCGUUUUGGUUCCAUGACCUAUCUUUUGAAGGCUGUAGCCAUGUAUGUGGAUGAAUUCUUACCUGAAAGCGGAUGCACAAUGCAGUAAACUGAUCAAGUUUAUUGAUGUAAUCUAAACCACAGAUUGUACACAGAUGCCAUGUCCAAGGCCUACAAUGCACAACAUUGAAUUUGGAUGUUACUAGGACUAAUAAUCCAAAAGCUGUGAAGUCCAUGUUGCAUCAUUUAUAAUUGCCAAGAAGAAAUUACUAAAUGAAAUUCUUAAAUCAAGUGCACAUUUCUAUUUCCUUCCAACAGAAAAUGCCAAGAUCUGAAAUGACUUUCAUAAAUCUUUUUAAUAUAACAGGAAAUACAGAUAAAUUGCAUAACUAAAUAAGGCAAAUGUUUACACAUGACUAAAAGCAUGUUAUUUAUUGCAUACUCUUGGGCUAGAAGGUCAUUUAAUGCAACUUAUUGUUAAAGUAUAUAGCCCUGUAUAAACUCCUUUUAAAACAAAACUACUGUGAUAUGUGUUGAGAAAACUAUAUUUUUUAUUGAAGCUGUUUUAAUUCUAUUAGCAAAAUAAUAAGUUAUAUGAUAUAUGCAAACACCUCUUCUGCCCAAGCUGAUGUGACCUGUUGCAUGACAUUCAGCACACAUACUAAGAUUAUACAGAUCUGAUGAAGCUAACCUCAGGAUUCAAUAAUUUUAAAAUAUUGAUUUUUUUUUUCUCAUCCUGAAGCAAAAUUUUAGACACCCAAGCGUUUGAUUUAUAUUUUCCUUUUAUAUAUCUUUUAAAAAGAAAUUUACACUUCGGCAGUAAUGAUCAAGGUAAUGUUACUGCCUUAUCUUGAGUAUUCUAUAAGAAACUUAAUUUUCAAAGUACAUUUUAGUUAAAGAAAAAAUAAAGAGGAGAAAUAUUUGUCUAUUUUGAUGACAUGUUUGCUAUUUUGGCAACCUGCUUAACAGUUUGCUUUUAGUUGAGCUAUUUAAUGUGCCUUCAUCAGUUCAACACAAAGGCAUUCAAGCCUGAUGAACUUUAAAAUGGUUUGCAACUGCAAUCAUUAUGCUGCUCAAUUAUAGGAUAUUGUAUGUGUAAUGCAACAACUUUUAGAGGCUGGUACUUCAAGGUUUAAACGAACAUUGUAGGGACGUGUUAUAAAAUCAUUAAGCUAAGAAUAUGUGCUUAAUGUUUUAAAUGAUGCUUAUGAAGAUGUCAUAUUCUGAUCUCUAAUAUUGCCUUAAACUGUAUCAGAUACAAAAAAGAUCAGUCACUCAUCACUUUAAUGUUCUUCCCAACAUCAUCAAAAAUCCUGGACUGUUUGGUUUAUAAAAGCUUUUAUUAAAACUAUGAAUUCAAUAUGAAA